CCAUCUUCAAGCACAGUCCAGCAUUCGUUAAAUGGCGUGUAGAGGAUACUCUCUUUCUCUCUGUCUCUCUUUAUGCGCUCUCUCUAUUCUCAGCAGUGUGUAUCCUGCCAAAUUAGCAUGAGGCGGGAAAAGGAAUGCAGCUCCCCUGUCUUCCUCCUCUCUCUCGCGCGCUCUUUCUCAUCGCCACCUUCCAUCUUUCUCUCUCGCUUUCUCUCUCUCUCUCUCUCUCCCUCUCUCUGUGAGUAUGCUCAGUCAUUCCGCUCUGUGCACUGCUGUGGUGUCGUGAGGCUGGAGAGCUGGUGGGAACCUGUGGUUGGAGAAAAUAAGCGUGUGUGCCGGCACUGGCUUCCUCAGAGAUAAACUAGAUGGAGCGGAGGGACGCAGGGACUGUGGAUUUUUAACCUGCUCACGUCAAGGAGAGAUGGAUUAGUGCUGGUUGUGAACUUUGGAGAGAAUUCACUGCACGUGUAGACGGAAUAAACGGCUCCUAUUUGUCAUCAGGCAUUGCUGGAGUUGAGGCGGUCUCUGAAAUCUGCUGCUUAUCUUGGAACAUGCUCCGAGGUUGAAAAACCUAGAGCCAAAUCAUUGAAAUGUACGGUCUAGACAUGUAUUACGCAUGAUUUAACACAGCUCAGCAAGGUUGUCCUCAAAGACAGCUGUUCUAACUGAUCACACCUGGGAUGUGCGGGAAAAUGACUGGCUCUGAGCGAGACUAAAGGAGAAACCUGUGAUGUCAGACUUCACCUGGGGCAGUCGUCUGAAACUCUGCUGAGUAGUUAUUGUGUUGUCGAGGGGGCGGGAGGGUGACGGCACGAGCGGACUACAUUUCCAGGUGUGUAAACCACACCAGACUUUACUCACCUGACAUCACCCCCUCUCUGUUUUUGGCUCAACUCAUUUUCUCACCUCAUCGUCUGAGUAAUACCUGCUCUCGACUCUGGUUUUCACCCCCAUGGGGCUACUCAAGAGACGAGAGAAGAGACUCUGAUUAGUGUUACAUUCCCGGCAGCCUCAGUCUGAUGCCACGGAACUAGAAAUAGAAAGCAGAAAGAAGCAGCAGCGACACUUGUGAACUGUUAUCACCGUAGAACAAGAGGAAGCACCAUGUGGAACCAGUCUGGAUACUGCAAUCACAUACCACACGCUGGAUAUCCCUUCUACCAUGCGCCCUGCAGUCAUAACCAGAGGACCACGGCGUUUCGCCAUCCUGUGACCGGACAGAUUUCUCCAGAGAACUUGGAUUUCAUCCUGCAGGAACAGCCACAGGGAGCUCGCAUGAUGUCCAAACCCACCGGUGAGCAGCUCUCCAGCACAACAGUCAGCGAGGCCUCGACCACCAUCACUUCCUCCACUGUGGACAACACCAAGGGCUCCCGGUCCAGUGGCAAGGUGCACAGCUUUGGGAAGAGAGACCAGGCCAUUAAGAGGAAUCCCAAUGUACCUGUGGUGGUCCGAGGAUGGUUGUACAAACAGGACAGCUCUGGGAUGCGUCUUUGGAAGAGGAAGUGGUUCGUCUUGGCUGAUUUCUGUCUGUUCUAUUACAAAGACAGCAGAGAGGAAUCGGUCUUAGGCAGUAUUCCUCUGCCAAGCUAUGUCGUUUCAUCCGUGGGACCCGAGGACCACAUCAGUCGCAAGUAUGCCUUUAAGGCUAGCCACACUGGUAUGCGCUCGUAUAUUUACAAGCAGAGCUCUGUGAUUGGCUCACAGGCGGAGCACACUGGGAUGCGGACGUAUUACUUCAGCGCUGACACCCAGGAGGACAUGAACACCUGGCUGAGGGCCAUGAACCAGGCGGCAGUGAUGCAGAACCACAGCGAUGCAUUCAUCAGACCAUCUGACAAGUUAGAGAAGUUGAACAUUUUGCCGCGGCAGGCUGUUCCGCAGACGAACAACGUAAACCACCACAAGACCAAGGCUUCAGAAUCCGACACCCAGCAACCAAUAAUCCACGAAGUCCUCCUGGAGCCAAUGUACCGCGAAGCAGAGGAGUUCUGCAGCAUCCACAAAGACUCUCCUGCCACCCCUGUGCUGGAGAACCCCAUAGGAAGCACUGGCCUGGAAAUGGACACGCACACCUCCCUCCCCUCAAACCUCACACCCACCGCCCUCUUGCAGCAGGACCCUGUGUCGGCCUCGGCACCCGUGUCCAGGGUGCCAUCACGAGCACCAUCACGAGCCGCCUCAACGCUACCAUCCAGCAUCUGCACAAGGAAUGGCCUUGUGCAAACACCAAGCCCCAUUCUGGAGCCCAACGGGAUUGCAGCGGGGACUUACCAGAGGGCCCCGUCGGUGCCCCUUGCUGACGCACACCAGCAUGUGCAGAGGAGAAACACACUGGAGCAAGUGGAGCAGUGGGUCAAAGUGCAGAAGGCGGAACAAAAAGGGCCCCCCUCCAGAGAGAACACCCUCCCGCGUCGCACACCACCAACCCAGCACAAGUUCACCUCUCUGGACACAUAUCAAACUCUGCCAAAGACCCCUCGGCAGAGUCCCACACCCGCCCGACUCGGCGAGUACAAGUACGCCCAGGACCGGCUGAGCCACUUCCGCCUCACCCCGGAGCAGUGCAUCCCAGGGUCCAACACCGUCUGGCAGCUGUAUGAGUGGCAGCAGCGUCACCAGUUCCGUCACGGCAGCCCUACGGCGCCUAUCUACACCCCAGCCCCGGACUAUCCCUUCGGUCCCCGCCCCCCCUCCAUCGUGCCUCCCACCUCUUCACUCCCCAGGUCCGAGGGCCAUCCUCGCUGUGUGUCCGUACCACCUUCAUCUGCAGACAUCCCCCCGCCGGGGCCCCCACCAGGUACCAGCCGAACCCUGUCACCCACACGGAGGCCGCAUACGCCAGCGGAUCGGGUGACAGUCAGACCUGUGGGUGAAAGGUCAGUGUUGGAGAUCCCCUUCACCGUCUCCCCCCGGAGGAGCAAAUCUCAGCUGUUCAAGGCUUCUACUAUCGAGAGACGGUCAAUGCCUUCCUCUGGCUACAUCACACACACAGUUAGUGCACCAAGCCUUCAUGGCAAAACGCCCGAGGAGCUCACUCUCCUCCUCAUUCAGCUGCGCCGGCAUCAGGCCAAGAUGGCCUCCGCACGCCAGCACACACUAACCCAGCUCCAGCGGCUCAACAGUCCCACAGAUCCCUUCCAUCACAAUCACCUCCUCGCCACUACCACCACUAGCAGCAGCCCCCUCCUCAGCUCUGGCCCCUCUCCUGUGUCCCAGCUUGGACAUAUGGGCCUCUCAGCCAUCCUAGGCCCUUGCAACACUAAGACUGAUGACACCUACAUGCAGCUGAAGAAGGACUUGGAGUAUCUGGAUCUAAAGGUCGCUGGAAGUCAGACACUGAAGGAGUCAGGGAAACCUGUCAAGGUUGCAGAAAGUGACGUGGAUGUGAAGUUGAGUCGGUUAUGUGAGCAGGACAAGAUCCUGAAGGAUCUGGAGGCGAGAAUCAGCUCCCUGAAGGACGACAAGGACAAGCUGGAGAGUGUACUGGACAUGUCCCACCAGCAGAUGGAGCAAUUCCAGGAGCAGCCGGCCCACACCCACAAGAUCGCCUAUCAGCAGAGGCUGCUGCAGGAAGACCUGGUCACCAUCAGGGCCCAAAUAUCACGCCUCUCCACGGAGAUGGCACAGGCCUGGGAGGAGUACAGCAGGCUGGAGAGAUCAGUAGAACAGUUGAGGAUGGUGCUGCAGACACAUAUGAACCACAGCGCCACCCCUCAGCAAGAGAAAGCUGAGAUGAAGCGCGAGCUGUGGAGGAUCGAAGACGUGAUGGCGGGACUGAGUGCGAGCAAAGCCAACUACAAGAUCACCAUUGACUCUGUCCAGAACCCAGAGAGGAAAUUAGUGCCUUCUGUGUCGGACCUUGCAUUGCCUUCCCAUUGCACAGAGGUCCAGCCUCCUCCUCGAAGCUCCAUCCCCAGGAUCCUCUCUCACACUUUGCCUCACAGCACCGUGCCAAAGUGGGCAGAUGACAGCGCCCCGCCCCGGCCACCACUGCCCAGCCUCUAUGACUAUGAAGAGACGCCCCCUGUGGUGCCUCCUCUCCCCAAAGAGGCCUCCGUCAUCCGCCAUACGUCGGUGCGUGGACUUAAACGCCAAUCAGAUGAGAGGAAGCGGGACAGGGAGAGUGGGCAAUAUGUCGUCAAUGGAGACUGUAAGGCCGACUUGCGAUCUUACCUGAGUGAACCAGAGCUGCCAGGAAUGAGUCACCACACCCCUGGGUCUGACACUGACUACCAGUAUUUCACAGCCACAGGUCUGUCAGGCUCUUCAUCUCAUCUGAACCAGUCCAACUACAUCUCGUCCUACGUCACCCUAAGGAGAGGUCCUGGGAGCUCCGCAGCCAAGGAGAGACCUAAGAGUGCCUUGGAGCGUCUGUCCUCACCCACAGAAGCCUCGCAGCUCGGGAGCAGCCAGCCUCGAGGACGAAUGACCGCGGAGGAGCAGCUAGAGCGGAUGAAGCGCCACCAGAAGGCGCUGGUUCGCGAGCGCAAGAGGAACCUCAGCCAGGGGGACCGCUCCUGCACGGGCCUCUCCACCUCCACCAUCACCACCCAGCACUCCUCCUCCAUGAUGCCCUCCACCUCCUCUGACGCUCCGGCCACCGUGUGUGAUUGGCGGGAGGAGCGAGUGGGGGCAGAGGGUCAGAGCGAUGAAGGAUGGAACCAAGUGAGAGAGAGAGGCCGGAUUCCGUCCGAUGAGUGGGUGACAGUGAAGCCCACACAAAUACGAGAGGUGGACGUGGAGCCAUUCGACUGGGACCUGGAUAUCAGCCGAGAGCUGUCCAAACCACAGAAGGUUCCCAUCCCGGAGCGCUACAUAGAGUCUGACCCUGAUGAGCCUGUGAGCCAGGAGGAGCUGGAGGAACGCUCUCGUCGGGCCGAGCGCAUCAAGAACCUCGUGGCCAGAUCCAGUGUUCACAACAUGCAGCCGUCUGCACCACUGGACUUCAGUGAGCUGGACUCGGCUGUGAAGCAGCAGGAGAGGAUCAUGAACGUGUCCCAGACGCUGGCUUCAGAGGCAUCGCGCAAGAGCAAACUGGUGGCAGGGACUGAGUGGCUGGAGAGUCGAUGAGCAUGUCUGGUCCAGGUAUAUCUGCCAUUUCCCCUUCUUGUGCUGUUGAUUAAUCAUUCAGUUUCUUGUCUGCCCAGAAAUGUGCACAGCUUAAAUUACAGCCGCCUCGAACUCCUCUCACUUACACCUUUCUUUUAAAAUGUCCCAGUGAUGUACAUAUGACAUCAAUUUUUUUUUUCAUGCCACUUAAAUUAUGAGAAAACGAAUCUGUCAUCCACCAAACCUUCUACGUAAAAAUCACCUUUUGUUUGCUCUUGGGAAUAUCUUCCUUGUUCAUAUCAAGUCAGUGUAAAAAGAAAAUCUGUGUGGAGUGCUGGUUUCUUUGUCUUUAGAAAAGGGCUUCUUCAGGGAAAUGUGUUGACCUCUCUUUGUGUGAGUGGUGUUUUGGUGUGAGUUGUGUGUUUUCGUUUGAUUCUUUCUUUUCUCCGUUGUAGGUGUAAGAAAAUUCACACUAUUAUGCACAUUUCUUUGUGCAGCUCCUGUGUUUCCUGUGAAUAUAACAUUUUAUUGGUGUAAAGCAGUCUAGACCAAAUAGGCCAAUCACUUUUGGGGAUCCUGUUUGUAUUGUCAUACCUCUGCCAAAACCCAACUGUCCUACCAUGAAUCAUGAAUUAUCUUUUGAGAAAUGAAUACAAAUGUUUUAAUGAGUUUUGUCUUGGUUGAAGCCCUCUUCCUCCACACUGUUUCAUGGAAAUGGUUAGUUUUUGUCUAAUCCUGCAAAAAAAACCCAACUUACAUGAAAACAUAACGUCCAUGGUGGAGGAGGAUGACAGAGGUAUCACAUUAUGUUAAAUUACCCAAACCUAUAAACUGUUCAAAGAGACUGGGAGCUGUUUGCUCUCAUGAAGGCUGCUGGAAACCUGUUAAAAUCAUAUAUUCUUAUGCAAAUGAAAUGUGUGGUUAAUUUGUAUGAACACGUUUGUAAAUUAAGGGUGUGUUUGCAUGAUUUAAUUCCUCUUGUGUUUCCUUCUUCUCAGCCAAAGCUGCUGCACGGCACUGACCCGCAGGAGCGACCACCGCCACCAAACACAAGGAGGAAGGGAAGGAUCCAAUCUUUUUUUUAACACAUUCACUUGGAACGAGGCCCACUCACGAGACAAAGAGCUGCAUGCAUGCUUCUAACAGUGUGAUGAUGAGUUGUAGUUUUUGAAAAGACUCGAGUUUCAUUUGCUUCAGCACUUACAUGGCACCGUCAAGUCAUAAUUUAUAAACAAGUAAAUUGCUAUUUUUUCUAAACUAAUCUAAAAUGACCUCCACUGCCGCUUUCUCUUUUACGAGUGACUAGAAGAGUGAAAUAAAAGCCAACAUGCUCUGAUAACUGUAGUAAUGUUUUAACAUGAACUAUUUAUUACAUGGCUUAUUUUUGAUCGUGUUAUUUCUACUGUAUAGUUUCUCAACACUGUCCCCCAACGAUCACGGUCCUGUCGACUUCAAGCAUCAAUAGUCAGCACACAAAAUAAAUAUUACAUUAAACAA